AUGUCCUUCCAACGAAAGCAGGAGAAGGACUUCACCCCCGAGGUCAAGGAGCUGACCCCGGAGGUUGAGAAGCUUGCCUCGAGCGGCAAGCUGAACGAGGCGAUUGACAAGAUCUCUGCGCUCGAGAAGCAGACACGGAAUGCGUCCGACAUGCCGUCAACGGCAGCGCUGCUGCAGCUGCUCGUGCGGUUGUGCUGGGAACAGGGCGACCUCGAGGCGCUCAACACGCAACUGCACAUUAUGAGCAAGAAGCAUGGACAGCUGAAGGAGGCGGUCGUUCGAAUGGUCGAUGAGGCGAUCCCGUAUCUCGCCGAGCUUAAGAAGAAGAAGGAGGCUGGCGCGUACAAGGGCAAGCCGGACGAGUGGCUGCGACUCCUGACGACGAUCCGCGACAUCACCGAGGGCAAGAUCUAUCUCGAGCUGCAGCGGGCGCGCUUGACGGUCAUGCUCGCCGAGUACCACGAGGCGCUGUCGCACACUGCGCCGAAGGCGUCGAGCUCGAUCAAGACGGAUCAGGAGGAGGAGAAGGCGGCUGCCGGAGACGACGACAAGGAGAAGAAGAAGGAGCCGGUCACGGCCGAGGACCACUUGAAUGCGGCGGCGGACCUGAUGAGCGACAUCCAGAUCGAGACGUACAGCAGCAUGGACAAGCGGGAGAAGACCGAGUUCAUUCUCGAGCAGAUGCGACUCGAGUCGCUGCGCGGCAACUGGAGCAAGGUCCGCGUCGGCAGCAGGAAGAUCAACCGCGUGUACCUGAAGGAGCCCGAGAGCUCCGACUUGAAGCUGCGGUACUACGACCUGAUCGUCCAGCUCGCGCUCCAGGACGACAACUAUCUCGAGGUGUGCAACGCGUACCAGGCGGUCUGGGACACCGCCGAGGUCAAGGCGGAUGCCGAGCGGGAGCUCAACGUCAUCGAGAACAUCAUCAUGUACGUCGUCCUCGCGGCGUACAGCAACGAGCAGAACGACAUGCUGCACAAGCUGUACGCGAUGCCGGAGCUGGAGAAGGCGCCGCUACACUACCAACUGCUCAAGUGCUUCGUCACGCGUGAGCUCAUGCGCUGGCCGGGCAUUGAGCAGCUGUACGGCCCCGCGCUGCGGAAGACGCCAGUCUUUGCGCCGGACAGCGAGCUCGGCAAGAAGACUGGACAGUCUCUGCAGUUGCAAAAGGCGGGUACGGACCCGAGCCAGUCGCCGGGCGACGCGCGCUGGAAGCAGCUGCACUCGCGUGUGAUUGAGCACAACAUCCGCGUCAUCGAGCAGUACUACAGCCGCAUCACGAUGGCGCGCCUGUGCCAGCUGCUCGACCUCGGGGAGGCGCAGGCCGAGAAGACGCUCUGCAAGCUCAUCAACGACAAGACGGUGUACGGCAAGAUUGACCGCCCGAAGGGCGUCAUCUGCUUCAAGAAGCCGAUGAAGACGAACCAGACCCUCAACGUCUGGAGCAACGACAUCUCCAAGAUGCUCGAGCUCGUCGAGAAGACGAGCCACCUCGUCUCCAAGGAGUACGCCAUGCACGAGGCCAACCAGGCCCAGGCCGGCAAGAGGAAGGCCGUCAAGGCUUAG